ACCCUUGUGCCUUUCGAGACUGAGCCUGACAAUAUGGGUUUAUAUCAUAUUUAUCCCACCCUUCCUACACUAGUUCCCACAGAUGGCACCACUCUUGACACUGUGACCGAUGCCCCUACUCUUGACUGCGGUCAACUGGGCCCAAAGUGCACCAAGCUUCUUGCUGGACUUGCGUCUAUGGAUGUGGGGAUAGAUGAACUGUUCAAUGCAUUCACCAAUCCAAUGUGUGGCCUUUUGAUGGCAUGGCAGUAUUCUGGGACAGGUUUGAACUCUGCUGCGCACUUUGAUCGCCUUGGUACGUUUCUUGAUGAUCCUCUCUUCUGCCAGAAAGAUGCAGUUGGAAUC